AUCCCAAAACAUCACAAUUGGGUUGAGGUCGGGUGAUUGUGAUGGCCAGGUCAUCUGAUGCAGCACUCCAUCACUCUAUUUAUUGAUCAAAAAGCCCUUACACAGCCUGGAGGCUGGGUCAUUUUCCUGUUGAAAAACAAAUGAUAGUCCCACUAAGCGCAAACCAGAUGGGAUGGCGUAUCGCUGCAGAAUGCUGUGGUAGCCAUGUUGGGUAAGUGUGCCUUGAAUUCUAAAAUAAAUCACAAACAGUGUCACCAGCAAAGCACCCCCACACCAUCACACCACCUCCUCCAUGUGUCACGGUGGGAACCACACGUGGAGUUCAUCCAUUCACCUACUCUGCACCUUACAAAGACACGGUGGUUGUAACCAAAAAUCUCAUAUUUGGACUCAUCAGACCAAAGGACAGAUUUCCACCGGUCUAAAGUCCAUUGCUCGUGUUUCUUAGCCCAAGCAAGUCUCUUCUUAUUAUUGGUCCUUUAGUAGUGGUUUCUUUGCAGCAAUUCGACCAUGAAGGCCUGAUUCACACAGUCUCCUCUGAACAGUUAAUGUUGAGAUUUGUCUGUUACUUGAACUCUGUGAAGCAUUUAUUUGGGCUGCAGUCUGAGGUGCAGUUAUUUACCAAUUUCUGAGGCUGGUAACUCUAAUGACCUUAUCCUCUGCAGCAGAGGUAACUCUGGAUCUUCCUUUCCUGUGGCGGUCCUCAUGAGAGCCAGUUCCAUCGUAGCAGCUUGAUGGUUUUUGUGGCUGCACUUGAAGAAACUUUCAAAGUUCUUGAAAUAUUCCGCAUUGACUGGUCUUAAAGUAAUGAUGGACUGUCUUUUUUCUUUGCUUAUUUGAGCUGUUCUUGCCAUAAUAUGGACAGGAUCUUUUACCAAAUAGGGAUAUCUUCUGUGUGCCAACCCUACCUUGUCACAACACAACUGGGCGGCAGCGUAGCCUAGUGGUUAGAGCGUUGGACUAGUAACCGGAAGGUUGCGAGUUCAAACCCCCGAGCUGACAAGGUACAAAUCUUUCGUUCUGCUUCUGAACAGGCAGUUAACCCACUGUUCCCAGGCCGUCAUUGAAAAUAAGAAUAUGUUCUUAACUGACUUGCCUGGUUAAAUAAAGGUAAAAAAAUAAAUGUAAAAAAAUGUUGAAUCACUUAAAAUAAAAUCACAGAGAAAAAAUAAUUGUCUUCUUCAGAGCAGGUUAUUGGGUGUCAUAAGAACAAAAACCUGCAGCGCUGAAAGCCUGCCUAUACUAUGGCAAUGUACUGUAAGAAUUGCUGGUCCUACUAACUCUGUGGUGGUCUCAACAAUCUGGGUCUAAUACUUCUCAUGGGUACAUACACAGUGGCAGUAUUGUGGAUUACAUUUCUAAUAGAGAGUAUGAGAUGUUCUGUUUUUAAACAGCCUGACUGUUGAAUUUGGCUGGCUGCAACAUAUAUUGGAGUUUGGGCUGUGAAUUCACAUUGUUGGUACAUGCCCCUGAUGAGCUGUACUCCUCAUAACCGUUUGUCCCAAGAACUUGAUGAUUUAUAACCACUAGGUGACAGUCAUUGGUUGCCUAUUGUAUGUCUUUUAUCAAGCUUUCAUCCAACUUUUUGAUGAAAUGUUGACACAAAAUGUAGAUACUAUUUAUCUUUUUUAAGAAAUCAAAUAUUUGGAGUAGGCUAAGCACAGUUUGUAUUUUGAUCAUAUACGGAAUGUUCUAACUUCAAACAGAGUUUUCAGACCCCAUUACUGUGCGAUAGCUGUGUCAUAUCUUCUCACUAACAACAUGUGUCUCUGUGGUUGCUUGGCUGACCGGAUGAAGGUUAUUAGCUGUGAGAUGGCGUGGUCAGUACACUGGGGCCUCCUCCUGCUCUGCAUAGUGAUCCUCUACUGCCAACCAGUGUCCACCGGCAACUACAGCUCCCGGGGGCAGUCAGGUUCGUCACAGGUAAAGACAGGUACCUGUGAAGUAGUGGCUGCCCAUCGCUGCUGCAAUAAGAACAAGAUUGAGGAGCGCUCUCAAACAGUCAAGUGUUCCUGCUUCCCUGGUCAGGUCGCCGGGACAACAAGGGCAAUGCCCUCUUGUGUUGAAGCAUCCAUCGUGCGUCAGAAGUGGUGGUGUCAGAUGCAGCCCUGUCUGGAGGGAGAGGAGUGUAAAGUACUGCCGGAUCUCACUGGCUGGUCCUGCAGCUCUGGAAACAAAGUCAAGACCACCAAGGCUACCUGCAGCCCCAGGGGCAGGUCGUGGAUUCCCAGGCCACACGGAGGCAGGGACUUGGCUUUCGCUGGGUACUGCGGUGGAGUGGUCUGGGAGUGGAUGAGGGCCUUGUAG